AACAGGGGCGGACUGACCAUUUGGAAACUCGGGCACUGCCCGAGGGCCCAGGGUCAGUAGGGGGCCCCAUGAGAUGCCCCUGGUACCUUUUUUCAUAGGGUUUUUUGAGGCAAGGACACAGGGGCCCCAUGAUCCCCUAUUGCCCGGGGGCCCCAUGAGUUGUCAGUCCACCCCUGAUCAGGAAAUUAUAUUUCUGGGCUAGUUCUAUACCAUACCGUGUACAAGAUGCCAGUCCAAAUUAACCACUUG